GGGGGGGGGGGGGGCUGUCGAGCUCUACCUAGCUCUCACAGACGAGAUGUCGGGUGCAAUUCUUAUGAGGAGGUCUUUCGGGAUCCGUUUGGCUACUUUUCUGGGAUAUUCGGGUUAGCCUGGCUAUAGAGGUUCUGCCUCAAAGCCUGGAGCGAGUGAAGUAGGUGCAUCGGCCGGCGGGACAACAAAGUGGGAGCACCAGUGUGGGUAGGGAAGCUCCUCGUGUUUGAGAACAGCACAUGAGCUUCCGUGUCCAGUCCUCCGGCGCCGACAAGAAUGGCAAGCAGCCCCAUAAUUAUGCACGGAAGCUCGAGCCAGGAGGCCAGCCGAAUACAAAGAUGGGGCCCAAUUCAAUCCACACACCGAGUGACUGGGCAUCGGUCGCGCCCAUCCAACUUUUUCCCUCCUCCAACUCCCCGACCUCCAUCUUAAAAACGCCUUUCCAGUCUCCAUUCCUUCAAACAACGCGGACAACAAGGACAUAUCGCCGCGACAUCAUCGACCCUAAACCAGUGCUGGGAAUGUCUUCUCGUCUAUUGAGGGUUGGCCUACACCUGCAGCAACUGGACUUUCGCUUCGCGUCUGGGUCGGCGUGGGCGCUUAUCGAAGCCUUGGAUAUCGUUCAGCCCAUCCUGGACCACAAGAGGGACCAGCCACCAGACACAACUGUCAACUCAACGCAGUCAGUCACAACUCGACAUGCUCCCAACCCGAAGAAUUCCAGCAGAGUCAAAACAACAUCUUCAUAUCUCCUAUCCGUGCCCAAUCGCCAUCUCAAGCCGGCGGAUUUGUCUGCGGGCAUGUUUUGGCUGGAAACGUUGCUUCUUCUCUGGUAUGGCGCACUGUCGACAUUGGCCUCGGAAGCAGCAUCUUUGGUGUUGCGUACCUUGUACUCGAAUCGCCUUUGGACCCACCAUUCUGCAGACCAAUCACUGUGCACCAUUGGCAUCACCUCAACGAACCAAUCAGGACUCGCUUUUGACUUGGGAAUCUCAGCGCAUUAUUAUUGUAGCGAGAUGCAGAACUGGUCUAGUAACGGGCAGCCUGUCUCUGGUCCUGGUCAAGGCCAAGGUGCCGUCUGGACAAACACUUAUUCCUUCAAUGAUGGAGCGGGCGGGUUUGACGCACAUCAGGACUUCUCCCAGGAGGGAAACCCGGUCUCCCUCCCUGGUCAACCUGUUUAUGGCAAUGGGCAGGCUGGCGAAAGGGCGGCAUCGGCCGAGUCGGGGCUCUUCGGCACUUCGUACGGGGUUCAACCUGGCAUCUCUGAUUGCAGUUCUCUACCUGCCGCAAGCCGUGACGGUGCUUUCUAUGCUGGCACCGAUCCCCAUUCUUCUCUGAACCAUGGACACGCUCAGUACGGUGUGAACGAAACCUUUCCUCGACCGGGCCAGAACCAGACCCUACAGGGUCUCAACGACAUCUCACCCAAGUUGUACGGAAACCCUGUGAAUGUCCCACAGGGUCACGGUUCAGCAUUUUCGCAGACCCCGUACCAAUAUCAACCCCAGCAUCUUCCAUCCCCGUACAGCAACCAGCUCGGACAACAUACGGGGUCCCAACUCGUAUCUCAUAACCAACAACAACCACCACAACAACAGUCAACGCAUCCACAGCUGCAAUUGGAACCACAUCAACCAGCACAGACGCAGUCGCAUCAACCCCAGCACCACCAUCAGCAGCAUCAGCAGCAUCAUCAUCAGCAUCAGCAUCAGCAACAGCAACAGCAACAGCAACAGCAACAACACUCGCUGUAUCAACAGCCGCAACGCUUCGACACAAUACCCCAAUCGUUCUCUCCCAUCCACGCUUUCCCGCAACAGCAGCAACAUCAAGUCAAUCAGUCUCAGCAGGCCCAACAAGCUCAACAGCAACGGGUGCAGCCGCAACCGUCUCGACAACAGCCCCAACAACAGCUUCCCACGGCUCAGUCGCCUCCCAUAUUCUUUGGCCCGCCGCAACCAUACCACGGGCAGACAGUUUCGGCGCAGCCAGUCAACCCUCAAAAUGUUCAAGCUUACGCUUACCAUCAUCAGCCCUCGGCUCCUGGCCAUCUGCAGGAACAGACCGCUUUCGUACCACAACAGACGAUGUACCGUCAACCGACAUCGCCAGCGACGUUUCAGCCAUCGCCCAUGCGACAGUCGAUAGAACAAGAAGUCCAGCAACAGCAAGAUCAGCAGCCACGCCAGCAGACCACUUCUGCUGCUGGUUCCCAUCUCAUGUCUCGGCCAGUUGGCCAACGACCGAUGGCAGCUACGUCGCCACCUGGGCCCGGUACUCCGGAUGCGAAUACGGAUACAACUCAAGCGGAACAUCCUGCCAAAAGGCGUAAGACGCUGGUGAAGAAUGAAGGCGAAGGCGAUUCGGCAAACUCACAGCAAGAUCAAGUGCCUACAGAAUUACACAGCGGCGCAGAAACGCAUUGGAUGCCCACGAGCACCGAGGAGGAGGCCGCUUCACUGGCGCAGUUCAAGAGACGCAGCGCCGCGGCCAAAAAGAUGUUUCCGCCUAUUUCCGGUGCCCCUUUUCUCAUCUCCGCCGGGGCGGUGAAGCUUCCGACUCCCAGGAGCUACGACAGGUUAACACCAAUGGUGGCCUUGCCGUCGCAAACCGGUAAACGCAUCAUGCCGGACCUUGGCUACCCUCUUCCCUGCGAAAUCCAAGGGAACUUUGCGGACAGGUAUAGACCGUCGGCCAACUUUGUGGGCAAGCCGGAAGACCGGGAAAUGGAAGCCAAGGCUCUCAUCGACGAGUACCAGCGGGAAAUGAAGGGCCUAGGGAACCGACGACCUAAGUAUGCCGACUACCCCUUCGCGUUUCAGGAGCAGCUCAAGGCGGACGAGGCCGCCAAGUCCAAGGCACAGAGAAAGGCACGCAAGGAAGAGGAGGAGGAGCGGAGAAGGCCCGUCCGGGCCGAUGUGCGGCCCAGUGACCCCGUCGAAGCGGCCGCCUGGGAUAUACUGGGCAUCGCGUACAUCGACCCCGCGGCCACCCGUACCAACUCACUGAUUGCCAGUGCCGUGCAAAGCCUGGGGGAGUACUUCAUCAAGCUUCGUGGCGAGAUGAGCAAGUUGAAGCAGGAAAUCGACCAAGCUGCGAAGGAAAAGCACGUUGAUGGCGAGGUAGUGCAGCUGAAGAAGGACUACGAUCUUAAGAAAGACGUGGUCGUCAAGGCAUGCGAGGCUGCGCACAAGUAUGGCGACGAGGCCGUUCUUGAGAACCUGGGUGGGCACCAAAAGGGCGUCCUGAGCCUGGUCAACCUCCUGAUCGGCUGCAUCAAAGCGGCGGAUUACUCGGGGGAACUGCCCAAAGCCAUUCUACAGUUCAUGACAAACAUCAGCUUGACGAAGAGGAUUGCGGACGGUGUUAAUUUUGAGACGGUUCGAAAGCGGUUUGCAGAUAAGGGUGAUGCUGAGGUGAAGGACCUAAUCCGGACGGUUGCCUCCCGCAUCAGGAAGGAAUCCGAAGCGUCCAACGGCGCCGAAGGGAAGAAGCUAUCGUCCACAUCUUCUUCGUCUGCUGCCACCUCAACCUCAACGACAACUCCGUCCGCUGCUUCCUCGACAACAUCAGCAGCAGCAACGAGUCGCACUGCCUAUGCAAGGAUUCUAUCCGCCACAAGGCCCAGUAACGGGGCGUCGCCCGCCAAACGACCGCAAGAUGAUGAGCCAGACACGCGACCGGGCAAGAAAGUCAACGUGGACGGAUCUAGCAGCUCGCUCAGCAGCAAGCUUGGAUCAUCCAAGGCAUCGGCCGGUACGACGCUUCAGUCUAAACUUUCAGCCCCGAAAAUCCGACCACCUUCCACUUCACUCGCCGCUAAAAACCGUCCCUUGGCCAGACCGGCAGCCGGCUCUGAUUCUGCCAAGACAACAGAUGCCACCAAGACAGAUGGUUCGGCAGUGUCGGCUGCCAUGGACAUCGAUGCUCGUCCUUCGUCCAGAACAGAGCCGAAGAGAGUCAAGACGGAGGCAACAAAACCAGCUACAACUCCAAAGACGGCAGGACCAUCGGGUUCGUCUAGCGGUGCGCUUUCCAGCAUCGGUUCUCUCCUCGACUCCAUCAACAUGCCCAAGGCGGACGGCCAGUCGUCGCAGAAAAGCUCGGCGAAAGCCGCCGAUACGGCCGAGACGCCGGAAGAAAAGGCGAAGAGACUCCGUAAGGAGGCACGGCGCAAGCUGCGAGUCGCUUGGAGACCCGAGGCAGAACUGGUGCAGGUCCGCAUUUUCCACAAAGAGGCUGCGGAGGACGAGAACAACAUGACGCAGGACGCGGCGGACGACCGCUCCGAGGGCAUGAUGUUGAAGCGGCGCUCUGAAAUGACAGACGAAGAGGAGGACGAGGAGGACCAGGAGGACGAUUUGGCGGAUCGUCCUUGGGUUGAGCCGGGCGUUGCGGAUUGUUCUUGUAUCCCCGAGGAUUACAGGGCCAAGUCGUUUGUGACGCGGGGUGGCACGCGGACCUUCCGCACAGAUGAGCAGCACGCCAUGGAGGAACGCGAACAAAAGGAACUGAUGGCGGUCUACGCUCUUGUUUCCGACAUUCCCCCGACCCCCAAGUCGCCGCCUCCCGAGCCGAGUGUCCCCGACGGUGACGCCAAGGACGUGCACUUGCCCCGAGACGGAGGGAAGUACGAGGAGAUUCGGCAACGGUGGCAGGAAUGCCAGAGGCAUGGAGCCGAUGCGGCUGUAUACCAUGCCAUCAAGCGUCUCAAGGACCACCAGGACGACCCAGCUGUCAAGCUGCAGUCGCUUCUGAGCGGUUUCAAGACGACGGCGUCGACAGAAGCGGCUCCCGAGGGCUACAACUACAAUAUGACGCCGCCCCAGCAACACGCGCAACCCGUCGUCUUCGGCAGUUCGGGACAACCCAAACCACCGGCCGCGUCCGAGGCCCCAUUCGGUGCACAGGUUCUCGCUCUGCUUACGGCCGAUAAAGUUGGGAGCUGGCGAGAUCCCGAACCGUACCAUUCGUCGGCGCCUCGGACGCACAGGCGGCACGACUAUGCCGACCCUGAGCUGCAGGCGAUCAUCAACUCGCUCGAGGAGGUGUUCGAGCAAUUGAAAGGCCUGCCGUAUCCCGCCACGCAGCCCCCUGGCUGGCUGGCCAACGACCAGGAGCGGGUGCGAGAGUGGUGGGCUGGGUAUCAGAAGGAUGCGACGGCUCGCGCGAAGAAGGAGGCUGAGAAUCGAGCUCGCGCUGAGGCGGCCGUGAACGUACAGCAAGCGGCUGCUGCGUCCUUCGUGCCUCCUCAGCAAGGCCAGGGCCAGGGCCAGGCUGUGCCAACCCACCAAGAUGCUUGGGCGGCCUACUACCAACAAAUGCUACUACAGCAGCAGCAGCAGCAAGAUGAAUACGCUCAAUACAUGGCGCUGCUGCAACAGGCCCAAGGUGCACAUGCACAGCAAGCUACGACGCAGACGGCGGCUGCUCUGUUGGGCGCACAGUCGGGCCAACUGGGCGAUGCACAGCUCCAGGCAUUGCUGAGCCAGAUCAACCAACCCCAGCCGGAGCAGGUGGGAGCAGCCCUGCAGGGCGGCAGCCAGGGACACGGCCUUGACCUCGACGGUGGCGACGGAGGAUACCAGAAGAUGCAGGAUUUGAGCUCGGGCGGCGACCAAGCGACGGGUUAUUACGGACGAGAGUGGGACGACAAGCAGGAUCACGGAUACGAUUCUCGGGCGGCACUAGAUUACGGCAGCGAACGCGACAGAGACGUCGACCCCCCUUGGGACCGGGACCGACGCGACAGUCGCGAACGGGAUCGUGAUGACAGGGAGACCUGGCGUGAGAAGCAUGCUGGCGCCAAGGGGGGACGCAAGGGUAAUGCUCCUGGAGGUCCGACGCUUCCGCCACACCGACCGGCCAACAAAGCGCUCAUUGGGACGAAGCCGUGCGUGUUCUGGCAACAGGGUAAAUGUGCCAGAGGAGACAAAUGUACAUUCCGACAUGACGACUAG